UCGAUAUUUAAUAAAACGGGGGAAAAAAAGAACUAAGAUUCAGGAAUCCAGGUUCUAGAUCUGCAGUUCCGCCCUUGCUUUGCCACCUCACACAAGUACCUUAACCUUUCUGAGCCUCCAUGUGCUGGUUUGUAAGGUGAGGGCGGUAACACCGUUUCUCCCUCCCUCUUGCUAAUGAUAUUGUUGUUCCCCAGAGAAAAAUGAGAUUUGAAAGUGUUCUGUAAUCCGGAAGUGACUAUAAAAUAUGAGGGGGUGUGCCACAAACUCUGGUCCUCAGGGCUGGAAGCACCAGGAAGCACUUGCGGAGGUCUACGAGGGAGAACAUGUAUUCGCUUUGCAACCCAGAGUAGUAAUUUCGAAAGCAAGACCAUUAAUAAGAGUUGCUGCUUCCUCUCCUCUCGUCUGUAACAGGCUGCAGAGCUCGGUUCCGGGGGAACAGGGCGGGGCCUCUACGUCCACUCCGUAUCCCCAAGAAUUCUGAGUGUCCGAGGCACGGACCAUAGGAAGUGAAGGAAGGACCCUGGCUGCAGCGAGGAGGAAGGAGCCAGCCUGGCCCUCUGCCUUGGAGCCAGCCUAGCAGCUUCUGCGCCCGUGGCCGCAGGUGUCCUGGAGUCCUCUCGGCUUGACGAGUGGGGGACCCGAAGGCCCGUGCGCCACCUCCAGGCUUGGACGCUGCCCUCCAUCUUCUGCCCCCAAUAAGUGCUCCGGACCUCCAGGCCCUGGGGUGAAUUCAGCUGCUCCUGCAUCACCUUCCGGAACCACCAAAAAUUCAAAUUGGGAUUUUCCGGAGUAAACAAGAACCUAGAGUCUUUUGCUCAAUGCUGGAUUUAAUACGUAUAUAUUUUUAAGCGAUUUGGUUUUUUCCCCUUUGAUUUUUGAUCUUCGUGACAGUUCCUCCCACGCAUAUUAUUGUUGUUGCCGUCGUUUUUUCUCCCCGCGUGGCUCCUUGACCUGCGAGGGAGAAGGAGGACCCCGAAGCCGGGAGCUCUCAGGGGCGAUGUACCAGAGCCUGGCGAUGGCCGCCAACCACGGGCCGCCCCCGGGUGCCUACGAGGCGGGCGGCCCCGGCGCCUUCAUGCACGGCGCGGGCGCCGCGUCCUCGCCGGUCUACGUGCCAACGCCCCGGGUGCCCUCCUCAGUGCUGGGCCUGUCCUACCUCCAGGGCGGAGGCGCAGGAUCUGCGUCCGGAGGCGCCUCGGGCGGCAGCUCUGGUGCGGCCGCGUCUGGUGCGGGGCCAGGGACCCAGCAGGGCAGCCCAGGCUGGAGCCAGGCGGGAGCCGACGGAGCCGCCUACACCCCGCCGCCGGUGUCGCCGCGCUUCUCCUUCCCGGGGACCACCGGGUCCCUGGCGGCCGCCGCUGCCGCCGCCGCGGCCCGGGAAGCUGCGGCCUACAGCAGUGGCGGCGGAGCGGCUGGCGCGGGCCUGGCUGGCCGCGAGCAGUACGGGCGCGCCGGCUUCGCGGGCUCCUACUCCAGCCCCUACCCGGCCUACAUGGCCGACGUGGGCGCGUCCUGGGCCGCGGCCGCCGCCGCCUCCGCCGGCCCCUUCGACAGCCCGGUCCUGCACAGCCUGCCAGGCCGGGCCAACCCCGCCGCCCGGCACCCCAAUCUUGUAGAUAUGUUUGACGACUUCUCAGAAGGCAGAGAGUGUGUCAACUGUGGGGCUAUGUCCACCCCACUCUGGAGGCGAGACGGGACGGGUCACUAUCUGUGCAACGCCUGCGGCCUCUACCACAAGAUGAACGGCAUCAACCGGCCGCUCAUCAAGCCCCAGCGCCGGCUGUCUGCCUCCCGCCGAGUGGGCCUCUCCUGUGCCAACUGCCAGACCACCACCACCACGCUGUGGCGCCGCAAUGCCGAGGGCGAGCCCGUGUGCAAUGCCUGUGGCCUCUACAUGAAGCUCCAUGGGGUUCCCAGGCCUCUUGCAAUGCGGAAAGAGGGGAUUCAAACCAGAAAACGGAAGCCCAAGAACCUGAAUAAAUCUAAGACACCAGCAGGUCCUGCAGGCAGUGAGAGCCUUCCUCCCACCAGCGGUGCUUCCAGCAACUCCAGCAGCGCCACCACCAGCAGCAGCGAGGAGAUGCGCCCCAUCAAGACAGAGCCUGGCCUGUCAUCUCACUACGGGCACAGCAGCUCCGUGUCCCAGACGUUCUCGGUCAGCGCGAUGUCUGGCCACGGGCCCUCCCUCCACCCGGUCCUCUCGGCCCUGAAGCUCUCCCCACAAGGCUAUGUGUCUCCCGUCAGCCAGUCUCCACAGACCAGCUCCAAGCAGGACUCUUGGAACAGCCUGGUCUUGGCUGACAGUCACGGGGACAUAAUCACUGCGUAAUCUUCCCUCUUCCCUCCUCAAAUUCCUGCACGGACCUGGGACGUGGAGGACUGGGAAGAAGGAGGCCCUGGGCUCCCAGGGGCCGGCCUCCUCUGCCUGGGAAUGACUCCAGAACAACAACUGGGAAGAAACUUGAAGUUGAUGAUCUGGUCAGGGGAAGCGGGUGUUGGAUUUUCUCGGAUGCCUGUAUACGGUAGUGGGACUGGAGGGAGCCCAGCCUGCAGCACGAGCACACUGCGUCUCCCUGUGAGUUGGAGACUUCUUUCCCAAGAUGUCCUUGUCCCCUGUGUUCACCGCUGUGGCCUAGACGGUGGGCUUCGCAUUGUGUUUCCAGCACCGGGGAUCUGAGAACAAGCGGAGGGCUGGGCCCUGGGACCCCUGCUCCAGCCCGAAUGACGGCAUCUGUUUGCCAUGUACCUGGAUGGACGGUCCCCUGGGGAGAGGCCCCGGCCCCAUCCAUCCGCUUGAGAAACGGCACCGCCCUGCAUCCCCAAUACCAAAUCUGACUCCACAACUGUGGGAUGUGACAGAAGUGACCGAACACUUCCCUGGGGAGCUAGAGGAGCACUGCACCCGCCACAGAGCGCAGCCGCAUCCACUGCAGCUGGCAACUUCUCCCCCAGGCACCUUCCCCUGCUGCGGGCCUUUGCUCCUUCACUUCCAACGUCUCUCAAAAUAAAAGUCCCUCUUCCUGCUCUGAGUGAUUCAGCUCUGCCUGCAGCUUGUACAUGUCCCUCCCCUGGCAAAACCAGAGCUGGGGAGCUUAGCCAAACGGCCCCCCUCGAGUUCCCUGCAGGUCCUUCAUUCACCCUGUCACACACAGAGGGGUUCUGAGUAAGAACAAAACGUUCUGCUGCUCAAGCCAGUCUGGCAAACAUCAGCCGAGCCUCGAGAUCCUUCCGGGGAGAGUGUAAGUGGACAGAGUCCUGCUCGGGGGGCAGGAGUGUCCCAAAGGCCGACCCACCUGCUGUCUGCUCCUCCUGGCCCUUGGUCCGAUGGCAGCCGGAGUCCCUCCGGACCUGCAGCCUCGCCUCGGCAGCAGUCUUUUGUCCAGGAGGCGAAAAGCCAGAGAUUCUGCAACGCGAAUUCAAAGCAAACAAACACAAUACGACACAAGUCACGGAAAGAAGAUGACUGCUAAGCCAUGGCAGGGGGCCUGGAGGGAGCCUCCGACUCUGAGCUGCUCCGGGAUCCGCUGCCUUCUCCUCUGCACAUUGCUCAGUUUCCGCCCCUGACGCUGGAGCUCAUGGAGACUCCUUCCUCUUUCUCAGCAGAGCUGUAGCUGACUGUGGCAUUACUACGCCUCCCCACACGCCCAGCCCCCUCACUCCAAAAUCCUACUGGCUAUAGCAGAGAAUACCUUUGAACCAAGAUUCUGUUUUAAUCAUCAUUUACAUUGUUUUCUUCCAAAGGCCCCCUCGUAUACCCUCCCUAACCCACAAACCUGUUAACAUUGUCUUAAGGUGAAAUGGCUGUAAAAUCAGUAUUUAACUAAUAAAUUUAUCUGUAUUCCUCUUU